CUGGCCACACUAAGCCCAUCACCUCGUGUUUCACUCGCAAACAAAGAAAAAAGUGCAUUUUAAUUACUGAUUACUGCAUUGCGAUUAAACAUUCGCGAACAAUUGCGUAUUUUUGUGGAUCAGCGGAAUCAAAGGGCGCGCGUGGGCAGGGCAUAAAUCGCAGUGUCUGUGUGCGUGAGUGUGGGUGCGUGGUGCGUGCGUCGCAGUGUUGGUGCGUGUGCCCAUGUGUGUGUAUUUGUAUUGCCAUUAACUAAUAAACAAUAACCUUCGGGCCACGAAAGCUACGAAAUCAGCACGGCACUGCUGUUCUGUUCCAUUUGAACCAGCUGAAAAAAGAAGACUAACAGCAAGAGACUAAAAUAAAACACUUCCGCCCCGCGAGAGGAGCGCCCAGUUCAGGAGCGAACCAGCGGCGAUCCAUAUCCCUUAUAUCCGCAUACACACACACAUACAAUGGCUGACGUGAGCGAUCCCAGCGAGCUCUUCGAUUUGGAACUUCACGACCUGGAGCUGCAGGAUGACAAGGCCAGGGAUUCCGAUGACGACAGGAUCGAACUGGACGACGUUGACCUAGAACCGGAAUUGUGUAUUAAUCUGCACCAAGACACUGAGGGCCAGGAGACCAUACAGCUCUGCGAGGAGAAUGUCAAUCCCGGCCAAAAGCUUGGACCCAAGGACUUUGAGCUCAAGAAAGUCCUCGGCAAAGGUGGUUAUGGCAAAGUAUUUCAGGUGCGCAAGACCGCUGGACGUGAUGCCAACAAAUACUUUGCCAUGAAGGUGCUCAAAAAAGCAUCCAUAGUGACCAAUCAAAAGGACACAGCGCACACUCGCGCUGAGCGCAAUAUACUCGAGGCAGUCAAGCAUCCCUUCAUAGUGGAGCUGGUCUAUGCCUUCCAGACAGACGGAAAAUUAUACCUUAUACUUGAAUAUCUGAGCGGCGGAGAGCUGUUCAUGCAUUUGGAACGCGAGGGCAUCUUCUUAGAGGAUACCACAUGCUUCUAUCUAAGCGAAAUCAUUUUGGCCUUGGGUCAUCUACACAAACUGGGCAUCAUCUAUCGCGACCUGAAGCCCGAGAACAUAUUGCUCGAUGCUCAGGGUCACGUGAAGCUCACCGACUUCGGUCUGUGCAAGGAGCACAUACAAGGGGGUAUUGUCACCCACACCUUCUGCGGCACAAUUGAGUACAUGGCACCGGAAAUCUUGACCAGAAGUGGCCAUGGCAAAGCAGUCGACUGGUGGUCACUGGGCGCUUUGAUGUUCGACAUGCUCACAGGAGUCCCACCAUUCACCGCCGAAAAUCGUAAGAAGACCAUCGAGACCAUUCUUAAAGCCAAGCUCAAUCUGCCAGCCUACCUCACACCCGAAGCCAGGGAUCUGGUGCGACGCCUGAUGAAACGCCAGGAACCUCAGCGCCUUGGCAGCGGUCCCGAGGAUGCGGCAGCAGUUCAAAUACACCCAUUCUUCAAGCACGUUAACUGGGACGAUGUUCUCGCCAGACGCCUUGAACCUCCUAUAAAGCCGCUUUUGAGAAGCGAGGACGAUGUCUCACAGUUUGAUACGAGAUUCACAAGACAAAUUCCAGUGGAUUCACCCGAUGAUACGACGCUGAGCGAAAGUGCCAAUUUAAUUUUCCAAGGUUUCACCUACGUAGCGCCCUCGAUACUGGAGGAAAUGCCACAUGGACAUGCUAAUCGGAUGCCAGCGCGGUCCCCACGACGUACACCUCGCCAGCUGGCGGAAAGCAGCUUCCGACAACAGUUCCCAUCGGCCAAUGUGGGUGCAAAUGCUCCAUUGGCCAUGCACGGUCAUCCGCAGCGAUCCGGGAUGUUUGCACGAGCCACGCCGCCGCACCAUAUGCAGACAUUUGCGCCACGACCCUCACCGGCGCAGGACGAAAUGAUGGACGUGCAGCAGGGUCUGCCGAUGGUCUAAAGGCUGGAGCGGUCGCUCCCCAACCAUCCCAUCCCGUCCCAUCCCACCACCAGCACCACGAAAACCAUCUUCCUUCCCUAAAAAAGAUGAAAUCGAAAUUGACAGUUACUAUUAUGACGUAUGUGGAGAGUGGACUUGGUUAAGGAUACGGAAAGAGCAUGACGAUCACCGGAAUGAGAAGGCAAGGCACCCGGAGGAGCACAUGACCUCAGUGUGCAAAGUUGUUUUUGUUAAAGAGAAAAGCACGGAUCGUGCUGUUGGAUGAUUAUGAUUAUAAUAAUGAGAAUGCCGAGGCAGAAUAAGGAGAUGAUUGUGCUACGCCAAGGAGGGCGUUCGUUUUUGGAUACACCUAGAUACUACAGUUGGAGACAUCCACAUAAACAUAUGCUAUAGCAAUUACUAUAUACAACUAGAGAGAUGGUAGGCAAGAUCGCAACCCGACCCAUAUCCAUCCCCCCAACCCCCAAAAAUGAUCCGUGUUUAUGUAUAAAUAUUAUACUUACACUUAUGUUUUAUAUAGGCAAAAAGGUUUACACAAUUUAGUUCAAAUGUACACGCAACACAUUAAUUUCUUUUUACACUUAUUUAACUCUCCAACAUCGAAACAGACAGCAGACCGUUUAUAUUGUGAAGAAAGUUCUGUAUUUGCGAGAUAGUUCUAUAUAUAUAAAUAUACAUAUGGAUCGUGUGAGUUGAUGGUUCAGACAUAUAGUUUCAACCACAACAACCAUAAUCAAGUAUAAUUACUCUGGCUAGAAACGUUCUUUGAAGCUUACUUUUUAAUGUUGUCGAACAGUUUUCCAAUUGUUUUUGUCAUUUCGAACACCUUCGGUAGACAUAGAGUGACGUUAGUUUUUAGGGACAACUGCAGCGUAGCCAACAACACAAACUUAAAUGAAAUGUAAAUUAUAAACUAAACUAGAACAUUACAGAAUAAAACUACAAAAUAAAAUAUAUAUAUAACGUAAAGUAAAGGUUUCCCAGCUCGAUUAUAAAAAGUGACCCACACACUUGGGCCUAACUUGCUCGCAUAGCCAAUUUGUAUUCAACAACAAUCCCCAGAAGAAUUCUCCCUCUUUUGUAGUCAGCCCCAAAGAAUUGGUCUAAUUCGAUUAUUUCGGUUGCAUUUCUUGAUUCAAGCUAGUAAAAAGGAACAAAUUAAUACCGCGUACUGAGAAGCUAAACGCUGCCACAACAAUAAAUCCAAAAAGAUAUAUAAAAAAAAAACAGAAUGUAUACAAUCGAUUAAUGUAUUUUGAUUAUAUUCCGUUUCAGUUUUCAAUCUGAAUCAUAUUUUUUGUAUUUGCCUAAGGAAUGAGAAAUGAGAAAAUCUCUACAGAAAUAAAAAAAAAAUGCAAAGAAAUUAGGAUGUCAAAUAUAAUCAAAAGGUGCUUUGAAUUGUUUAAAAAGACAAGACAACUACAGAAUAAAAAAAGAAAAUAAAACGGAAUAGAAAACAUGAAAAACUAUGGAAAACGAAAGCGACUAAAACCUAAAACUUAUAACGGUUAUGUGUAUAAAGAAUAUUUAUAUAAACAAAAAAUAAAUACCUCAGAAGCAAUUAUUUUUGUUACAAGCAGCUAAAAAAAAGAGUGUGCGAUGCAAAUAAAGAACUUAACGAAAUGAUAAACUACCAACUAAAGUACAGAAACAAAAAAAAAAACAAAAAACAACUAUUAACAAAAUAAAUCGAGAAAUUAGGAAACAGAA